AUGAAGCUCGACCAGAACCCUUUAGGCGCUCUCCGCGCCAAGGGGCGAUUGCUUAGGCGCAAGAGCGAUCGAACAAGGAUUCAAGCGUCUUCGACCGUUACUUGCGAUGGCGCCUUGACCUCCCCCAAGCUCUCCCAACACCGUCUCUCCAACGACGACUUGAAAGCUUCGUACAACUCGUCGCGCUCCUCCAGCGUCGACACAUUUGGUCACCAUCACUCACACGAUCACGAGGACUUCCCCGCCAACAGCCCCGUACUUCUGCGUGGCGACAAGGAGCUCCACGAUCCCAACUUUGUGCGUCACAAUUGGGAGAUGAUGUCCGGCGAGUCCACAUACCCGGACAACCAGCUUCACAUUGGUCGUGCCGCUUCACCGCACCUCACAAGUCGACGAAGCACUCUUUCGUCUCGCACCGGUUCUUCGCGACCCUCUUCGCGACCUUCCUCCCGGGGUAGCGAGGCUGGCGGACAGCACGCUCCUUCGUUCGGUCUCGCUGUCAACGCCUUCUCAGGUCUCUCAAGCUACGCUCAAGCGGGCUCUAUGGGCCGUGCUGGCGGUUCUCGCGCCUCUUCGUCCACUCGUGGUCUUCAGGUGGAAGGCUCUAUUCUUCGCGACGAGGAAGCCAUCCUCGACAGCGACGACAGCAGUGACGACGAAGAAGACGAGGACGACUCCAGGUAUGGCAGCACUCCUUCUGCCUACCAGCUCUCCACUUCGCGACGCUCCAGUCCAACGCCGCAACCUUUGCCGUCGGUUCACCAGACCGAGGUCUCCCCUCGCUCGAGCGCUCCUUCCUCGCCCACUCUCACGCACCUGCAGGGGCCCAGCUACCACCGUCGUCGUCACUGGACCGUCGCUGAGGGCAGCCAAGCCUCGAAUGGCGCUGGCCUUCACACUCUUCCCGGCCAAAUGUCGAGCAGCAGCCGCAGCGCCCUGCUCAACGAACGAAGCCUCUCCCAACCUGCUUGA